UGGCGGGCCACCUCCCUCCUUCCCCGCACCAGCCCCUUCCCUGCUUCCCCGCCCCGGCCCCAGUCGCCGCCUUCUCGCCUGCCUCCUCGCGCAGCUCCCCAGGCGUGCGCCUAGAGUUCUGGGAGCCUCGUUUGCUGCUACAGGAGAGACCCCUGCCCUCUCUAGGGCAGCCUCCCUGCUCCACGUGGGCAGGGCGUUCUGUGGCACCAGCACAGCAGCAGGUAUGGCGGGCGUGGAGCAGCGCGAGGGCGCCAUCCAGGUGCAGGGCCAGAGCCUCUUCUUCCGAGAGGCUCUCCCCGGCGGUGGGCAGGCCGCCCGCUUCUCCGUGCUGCUGUUGCAUGGCAUACGCUUCUCCUCCGAAACCUGGCAGAACCUGGGCACGCUGCACAGGCUGGCCCAGGCUGGCUAUCGGGCUGUGGCCAUUGACCUGCCAGGUCUGGGGCGCUCCAAGGAAGCCAAAGCACCUGCCCCUAUCGGGGAGCUGGUCCCCAGCAGCUUCCUGGCAGCUGUGGUGGAUGCUUUGGAUCUGGGCCCCCCGGUCGUGAUCAGCCCAUCGCUGAGUGGCAUGUACUCCCUGCCCUUCCUCACGGCCCCAGGCUCCCAGCUCCGGGGCUAUGUGCCAGUGGCCCCCAUCUGCACUGACAAAAUCAAUGCUGCCGACUAUGCCAGAGUGAAGGCAUCAGUUCUUAUCGUUUAUGGAGACCAAGACCCCAUGGGUCAAACCAGCUUUGAGCACCUGAAGCAGCUGCCCAACCACCGGGUGUUGGUCAUGGAGGGGGCGGGGCACCCCUGUUACCUUGACAAACCCGAGGAGUGGCACACAGGGCUGCUAGAUUUCCUGCGGGGGCUAGCAUGAGGAGCAGCCCUGCUGAUGGGGAUGGGCCGCUUGCCUGCCCUGGUCUCGCUCUUGCUCAUUCCCUCUCCUCUUUGUGGGUUCCUUCUCAUCCUGUACAUUGCCACAGGUAUGUUUAUCUGGGUUCUUUUCUUUUAGGGUCUGUCGUUUCCUCUUCCUUCUCUUGCAGGGACAGGCUGAAGAGGUGAAAUCAAGAGGAAAAAAUUUUCAGGAAUCAAGGGACAUAAUCUGGUGGAGGGUAAUCCAUGAGAUGAACUUCUAUAAGUUUUCCUGCUCAGCUUUCAUUCCUCUGCUCUGCCCAGCCUCUCCCCACCUACCACCUCCUCCUUUGGCUGCUCUGCUGGGUAGCACAGCCCCUAACUCCGCCUCUUAGGCCACAAAAAUAUACAUACCCACAUGCAUGCUUACACAUUAGAGUCAUGUAUGUUCCCAAAUAUGACCCUUCACUGGGCCAUACACACAGCUCUGAGCUGACACUCACAGCAGCGUUGCACUGCACGCACAGACACACACUACUCUGCCACCACACAAGUACUUACACAGGCACAUUCUGCCCUCCCCACCCAGGCAGCACCCCAUGUCUGGGAAGGCAGGGAUGCCAUGAGACCAGGCCUUGCAGGAGACCCUCUACCAGGGUUAGGGUAUGGCUAGCUCUGAACUUCACUAACCCACAGGUUGCAGCUGGCCCCAGAUCACAAAUGCUCCCAAAGGAGGGGGCUCACCACUUAACCCUCAGAUCAGCUCCCCAGGCCUGGGUCUUCUCGGCCUCGCUAGUUUCCCGCUCUGACGUUUGCUUGGUGGGGAGACCGAGAGUGAAGGUCUGUGAAAUAAAGUGAUGCAACUAGA